AAUCAAUAGAUACAAAGAUUGAAAUUGAAACAAUAACCGCAGUAGAAAGAAAAUACUAUAAAUCUCAUUCUCAUUCAUUCAUCUCCACGUCAUUUUCAUGAGCGAGAGAGUUUAAGAGAAAACUGACACACUCAGAAAAAUCAAAUUCAUCACAAAAACGCAAUCAAAAUCAAAAUCAAAAUCCCCAACAUUCUCAAUCUUCGUUCAUUCAAUCGAAUUUUCCAUUUCAAUUGAUUCGAAUCGUGUUUUUCUCCUCAUCAAUGGAGGAGUAGUUGCGAUUUUGGAUUCGAUUGAUUCUUCAAUCGCGAUUUAUCGUUGCGAAUUCUGAGAAUUUGUUGAAGAUGAGUAUGCCGAAACCUAAUCAAGUAGCGGUUAGAGACCUCGUUGAAGAAGCGAAGAAACGGAUUGUGAUUCUCAUCGUUUGCGUCGUUGGACUCUCCUAUCUCAUGUCAUUGACAAGCUCCUCAGUUUGGGUCAACUUGCCUGCUGCAGCUUCCUUGAUAAUUGUUUUCCGCUAUUUAUCACUGGAUUAUGAAAUGAAGAGAAAAGCUGCAGCAUACAACAAUAAAUCAGGCUCCACCAGCAAUCAGUCUUCAAAGAAGCCUACCGAAAAUGCUAAAGCAGUUGCUAAGUUUCAAUGGCGAGCAAAAGUGAAUUCUCCUGUUGUCGAGGAUGCAAUUGAUCACUUCACCAGACAUCUGAUUUCUGAGUGGGUAACAGAUCUUUGGUACUCCCGUUUAACACCAGACAAAGAGGCUCCUGAGGAGUUGGUGCAAAUGAUUAAUGGCGUUCUUGGUGAAAUUUCAGGACGCAUGAGAAAUAUAAAUCUGAUUGAUUUUUUAAUAAGGGAUCUUGUUAAUCUCAUUUGUGCUCACUUGGAUCUGUUUCGUGCUGCUAUCACAAAGAUUGAAAAACAACACACAGAUUCAUUAACAAUUGAAAGUCGGGAUACAGAGAUAAAAAUUGUGUUGGCUGCUGAAGACAAAUUGCAUCCUGCUUUAUUCUCUUCCGAAGCUGAGCACAAGGUUUUACAGCAUCUGAUGAAUGGUCUUAUUUCUGUCACUUUUAAGUCUGAGGAUUUGCAGUGUUCUUUCUUUCGAUAUACCGUCAGGGAGCUUCUUGCAUGUUGUGUAAUGCGACCUGUCCUAAACUUAGCCAAUCCAAGAUUUAUUAAUGAAAGAAUUGAAGCUGUGGUGAUUAAUAAGACCAAGGCUAACAAGGAGGUUGAUGCAGCUCAAGAGGUAUCCCACACUAAAGCAGAUGAGUUACAAACUUCAUCUGACCAUUUUUCCCAGUGUUUAGAUCCUUCCGUUACUGGUGUUGAGCUUACACAGCUAAAAAAUGGCCAAUCAAGAAACGCAAAGCCAUCUGCAGAAAGAAAUGUUUCUGAUAACCUUUCUAGAGACCCAUUGCUUUCAAUUGAUACUCGAUCUUCCCGUUCAUGGAACACAUUGCCUGGAAACUCCCAAAGUAAUGGUGACCAAGGUACUCAACGACAUCACUCGGGAGGAGAGUGGGGAGAUAUUUUAGACGUUGUCUCUCGAAGAAAGACCCAAACUCUUGCUCCAGAACAUUUUGAGAAUGUGUGGGCAAAGGGAAAAAAUUACCAGAAAAAGGAUGGAGAGAACCAAUCAAAUGAGCGAGCCCCACAACAUCCUCCAAUGGGAAAAUCACCAAAGGUAGAUCAUAUGAAGGCAAUAUCUGCACCUAAAGAAAAAGAUACUAGAUCGAAUCUUAAUCCCUCUAAGGGUGGCCACAUUAAUUCUGGAUACAGCAGCCAAUUCACUGUUGAAAAUGCAUCCUUUUAUGCAAACAAGAAUGGAUCGACUUGUUCUUCAGUUACCUCGUCUAAAGAUGAUGAGCACAACCACAUUAAUAGGCACAUGAGUGAAUCAGAGAGCAAUACUUCUUAUACUUCUGAAGAUGAUGAAACUAGUACUGUUACUGGUCUUGAUUCCCCUGGAACUAAGGUUUGGGAUGGAAGAAGUAUCAGAAACCAGGCUGUUUCUUAUGUUCAUCACCCACUUGAAAAUUUUGACAAUCACAGUCCAAAGAAAAGGAAUAAGAACCGUUCCCGCUAUCCAAAAUUAUUCAGAACACAAUCUGGCAGUAAAAGGUCUAGGUCAAGCGAUAUCAAGACACACAUGUGGCAGGAAGUUGAGAGAUCAAGCUUUUUAUCUGGUGAUGGUCAAGACGUACUUAGCUCUUCAAAAUCACAUUUGAAUUCUGACGAGUCCUCUGAUGAUGCUGAUUUUGAAAGAUCGGGUAGAAUUUAUAGUGGAGCAGCUGCCUCUUCGUCUUCUAUUUCCAAAUCAGAAUCUGGUAGUUUGGCUGCUAAUCCCCUGAGAGGUUCUUCUGCCGUAGAUUCCUUUUAUAAGUUGAGAUGUGAGGUCUUGGGUGCAAAUAUUGUGAAGAGCGGUUCAAGAACGUUCGCCGUUUACUCCAUAUCUGUUACAGAUGUAAAUAAUAACAGUUGGUCAAUCAAAAGAAGGUUUCGUCAUUUUGAGGAGCUGCAUCGACGCCUGAAAGAGUUCCCUGAGUAUAAUCUUCAUUUGCCACCUAAACAUUUCCUGUCAAGUGGUUUAGAUGUAGCAACCAUUCAAGAGCGGUGUGAAUUGCUUGAUAAAUAUUUGAAGAAACUUAUGCAGCUACCUACAGUUUCAGAAUCAAUUGAAUUAUGGGACUUUCUGAGUGUUGACUCUCAGACGUACAUAUUCUCAAAUUCUUUUUCUAUCAUGGAAACAUUACCAGUUGGCCUGGAUGCUAAGUCAUCUGAGAAGACUAAAAUCAGUUCCAAUGUUUCUGCACCCGGAAGUGACCCUUUUUUGCGAAGAAGAAAUAAUGUUGUGGCUAAUGGAUUGGGGCCUAAAGUAAAUAGCACGCCUCUUUCUCCACCAGCAAAAAAGAAUACACAGGAAUCAAGACAGUCAUUUGGGAAUUCUGGAAGCACUGCAGAUAGUCUAGCAUGGAAGAGUGCACCUUCUUCUCCCAAUAACUUGCAGAAGUCAGUGAAAGGAAGAGAUAGUUCAGAUGAGGUCUCCAACGUGCACCAUAAUACUGCUGAUACUCUUCCAACAGAGUGGGUGCCACCAAAUUUAAGUGCACCCAUAUUGGAUCUCGUUGAUGUUAUCUUCCAGCUGCAAGAUGGUGGAUGGAUUAGGAGGCAGGCUUUCUGGGUUGCUAAACAAGUCUUACAACUAGGAAUGGGCGAUGCCUUUGAUGAUUGGUUGUUAGAGAAAAUUCUGCUUCUGCGAAAGGGAUCAGUGAUUGCUUCAGGGGUCACGCGAGUUGAGCAAAUACUCUGGCCUGAUGGAAUUUUCUUAACUAAGCAUCCAAAUCGACGACCACCACCAACACCCACCAGUCUAUCUCAGAAUUCACCUAAUGGCAACCAACCUACACCAGUAUCUUCUCCAAGGAUGGAUGAUGAGAAGCAAGAGGCAGAUCGGCGUGCAAAGUUUGUAUAUGAGCUAAUGAUUGAUCAAGCACCACCAACAAUUGUAAGUCUUGUUGGAAGGAAGGAAUAUGAACAAUGUGCUAGAGAUCUUUAUUUUUUUCUUCAGUCAUCAGUUUGCUUGAAGCAGUUGGCUUUUGACCUCCUGGAGAUGCUACUUUUGUCGGCAUUUCCAGAACUUGAUGAUGUAUUCAAGCAAGUGCAUGAAGAAAAACAUAAAUUUGGCGAGCUCAUCAAGUAAAUAUAGUCAUUUUCAGCCGAAGUGUGGAAAAACAAAGGUGUGGAUGUUGCCUUCCAAGCUUCGCUGUUGUUUUGUAAUUACUCCUGGUUGUACCAUUUGUCCCUGCAACCAGCCUCCUUCUAUUUCUGUCUGAUGAUGAAUAGAAGGCAAUUCAAUUUUCAACCUAUGGUAUAUUGAGGCUACCAUUUGUAAAUUUUGAGAGAAGUGCAAUCGUUUGAAGAUUAUUUGCUAAAGCUUUUCAAGCAAAUAUCUAGUCUAAUCUAGAGACGUGUGCGACUGGUCAAGGUUGCUCAGAGUCAUACACAUACUUCUGGUACUGCAUACAGUUUUUAAUUUUGGUCUUUAAACAGAAUCUUCAUCCGCAAUACUGUACAAGUAAUUAAUCAAUUUAAUUAGAUUACUUUA